AUGAAUAAUAGUAAUAAUAAUAAGAACAAUGGUGAUAUCCAGAUAGACAAACAGAGAAUCAAUCUUCUUCUCACAAUUAAUACGUUAUUGCUCCAUAAGUUCACCCAAAAUCAUGAUCAAAAUUUGUUGAAAAGACUACAUGCAAACCUUACAUGUAUUGGAGAAUUAUCAGAAAAAUUUAAUAAUGGAGGUGUAGCAACAAAACAUGUAUUCCCAACAAUAUUAAGUCCUCCAAAUGAUGUACCAGAAUUGGCUGAUUUAUAUGUUAAACUACAACAAUUAUUCCCAGAAGGUGUUCAAAUAAUACAAAAAAGAACUUUAUUAUUGAGACAAGAACAAUUGAAGAGACAAUUUGCAGCACAGGGUCAACAGCAACCAGGAAUCCAAGGUAUGCAAGGACAACAACCACAAAAUAUACAACAAUUACAACAGCAACCAGUAAUGUUUAAUCAAAAUGCUGGUCCUCAACAAGGUGCAGGUCAAUCCUUUUGGUGA